GGCAGGCGAACUUCGGAAAGCUUAGAUAUCGUACCGCUUCCUGAAUUGCAAGGGGUACCGUAUACCUGUUGGCUUACAAAGUAGGGGCAUCAUCUAAUGGCAUGCAGGAUGCUGGGAUAGACAAGCAGGAUGUCGCAAGCCCCAGCAGCGGCGGGCCCCCGCAUUGUGAACCCUACUGAGGAGAGCCUGUAUCAAGUCCUCGCUGAGGAGCUGACAGUGGCAGAGGACAAACGAGACGAAACUAAAAAGGCUCUCAAAGAGACCCUUCUGGCUGAUCUGCGUAAGGAGGUGAAGCGACUGAACGAGGACGCUUGGAUGUUUGCUGCCCCGCGCAGUAACAUCCCCUGAUCCUACUUUCACAAGCAAAGAACCCCCAUCCUUGACCGCUAUCUCAGAGGAGGUCUAUAUCCUCAUCAAGCAUCAGGGUCUCGUGUUUACCCUACCUGACCUUACGAGCGUAGGCAUAGAAAACCUUGAAAUCACUUGUAGGAACCAAACGGCUUAGGUCGAUUACUCAUUACCCGGGCCCAGCCAUGGUAAGGAUUCCCUUUAGGGAGCGGCCAGAGUGGAGCGACAUCACACCUCUCGAGCAGAAUGAUGGCCCACAUCCCUUGGUCCCUAUUGCUUACUCCCCCACUUUCUCUGAGGCGAUGGGUUACUUUCGAGCGGUUCUGGCCCUGGACGAGCGGAGCGAGAGAGCGCUGGCACUCACCAAGGAGGUCAUUGAGCUGAACGCGGCAAACUACACGGUUUGGCAGUUCCGGCGGAGGGUUCUCGCGGCGCUUGAGACACCGAUGGAGCAGGAGCUAGAGUACUGUGACGAGGUGGCUGAGGACAGCCCCAAAAACUACCAGCUCUGGUACCACAGGCGGUGGUGCGCCGAGCGCGUCGGCGCUUCCGGGGCUCAGCGGGAGCUGAAGUUCACGGCACGGGUCCUGGAAGAAGAUGCAAAGAACUACCACGCCUGGGCGCACAGACAGUGGACCCUUCGGACGCUCGGGGGGUGGGAGGGCGAGCUGGCCUUUUGCGAGCAACUGCUGGCAGAGGACGUCCGGAACAACUCCGCCUGGAACCAGCGGUUUUUCACCAUCCAGACGUGCCCGCUUCUGCCGGGCUUGGAGGCGAUGCGCCGCUCCGAGGCGCAGUUUGCGAUUGACCGCAUCCGGCUGGCGCCUAACAACGAGAGCCCCUGGCGUUACCUGAGAGGCCUCUACCAGGAUGACAUACGAGCCCUCGCAGAAGAAUCGCCUGUGGUCCAGGUCUGCCAAGAGUUGUUGAGAGAUGAUGGAGAGAACGUCCAAGCUUUGUCAUGGGCCCUAGACCUGGCUGCCGCUGGUCAUCUAGUUCCGGAAGCCUUGCACGAAGGAGAGCCUUCGAACGAUGAAGGGCGGGGAUCACCAAGUUCGAUGCUUGAGCAGCUUUGCAUGCGUCUAGAGACAGCCGACCCAAUUAGGAGCCGCUAUUGGCGCUUUAGGUCUCAGCAGCUUGUGCGAUGGUAGCGACCACGUACAGAAAGCGCGUUUUCGGCGACUGUUCAUGCCGUGAUGGAGUCAAGUCCGUACGUGGUCGCUACCAUCGCCAUUAGCAGCCGUGCCUUUAUUAUGUCGGCUCCAAAGUGAAGAUCUUAGAGGGUGGACAUUUAUAGGGUGGACAUCAGGAGCUUGCAUUUCUUCUUAGUAUCAUUUCUAUCCAGUCGUUUAAUAAGUACCAAUGAUUCGCUGAUCCGUGACAUUCGGGGGCUUGUUUAAGUUCCAUGAGUCAUUCAUCACAUGCCGGGCGUAUGG